AUGGCCCCUCCAGCUCAGUGCUGCAGACACGGGCUGGCAGCUGCUUACCACUUGGAAACAGGACCGAGCUCCCCAGAUUUCCCCUCCCGCUGCCUGGAUCCCCAAGAUCGUCCCCACCACCACGAGCCUCGCCGGGCCCCUCACCUACCGCCGGUGCCGCUGACUCGCCGGGCCGCCCGUCGAGGCGCCGUCGCUCCGCCGCCCUACACGCGCCCCCGGCGGCUCAGCCAGGCCAAGGCGGCCAGCAGCGCCAGGGACGUGGCCAGGCCGGUGCCGGCGGCGGCGGACGCCCGGCGGCCCCGCGCCGCCUUCCUGGCCGCCGUCCGCGCUUGCAGCUCAUCGCCGAUGGCCCGCAGGCGCGCCGCCGUGAGCUGCGCCCCGGAGACGCGCGCCCGGCCCGGGCUGCUCUGCGCGCAGAAGCAGGCGGCGGCCGGAGGGCGGCCGGGCAGCGAGGAGGCGCACGACGGGCACAUGGUGGCCAGGCCCGGCGCCCCGCCGCCCUCGCCUCCGCCGCCCUCGCCGCCCAGCCCAGCGCCGCUCGCCAGCCCCGAGACGCGCCGCCACGCCAGCCGAUGUGCCGCCGCUGAUGCCGCCGCCGCCGAGGCUGCUGCUCUUCCCGCUGCUGCUGUUGAGGCUGCUGCCGCCGCGGCUGUCAGUCUGGCGCGGAGCGUGGCGCGCUCGGGCGUCACAUGCUGGCUGAGAUCAUCCUCCCCGACGGGGCGGCCGCAAGACGGCGGCGAGGGAGAGACGCGGCCGAGGAGGGAGGGAGCGAGGGAGGCUUAA